AAUAACACUGAUGAGUGCUUUGACUGAGUGCUGUCUGACACUGAUGUGUGUGUCUAAUCAUUUCUGUGCAGGACUGCAUGGUGAAUGUAAUGCCACAAUAAUAAUGACAUUUUCAAAUGAAAACAGCAUCCUGGUCGUUUUCUAAAGUAUGCGUUCAUGGGUGUUAAUCUCUCCAUUUUCGCUGGAAGAUAACAGCUGCAGUGUGCUGAGGAGAGAACGCAGAGAACACGUGUCACAGUGGCUGGGAGAGAGUCCUGCACUGCUCCAGCUGCAUGGACACCUGGUGACGCCAUGGAGCCGUGUGCACCAGCGCCGUGUGCAGCUUUACAGACGCUCCAUUCCUUUGUGAAUAUUGAACAUCCAACGUCAAGCCAACUUUAUGCCAGUUCAAGAUAUCUCAUUUGCUCAUUUUAUGCAGCGCUCUGAAUAGCACCGGGAUUCCUCCCGCGCUAGUGCGUGUCCCCAUGGAAACUUUCCGCGCGACGCUAAUGUCACGUGGCUUCUUGUUAUCACGGCAACCUACGUUUAAACACAAACGGAGCGCUAAGGUUCGGUGUAGCUCACGUGUAGCUAAUUCAAAUAUAAUUCCUGGAGUAUUUUUAGGAUCACAUUUUAUCAACGUCACAGACACAGAGAUGAAUCUGACCAAGCUAAUAAACCAGCCAAUAAAAAAGCUUAACCGCGAGGUGGACCACGGAAAGCUGCGUAGAAUUAGAGCCGAGGAUCUGGAGUGGUCUUUGGUUGUGGUGCCUUCACUGACACAGCUGUGUCUUGAACACAUUGUGCACAAUUUUGAAGAUAAGCCCAUUGUUGAGGAGCUCCUGCCCAAACAUAAGGCUUCUGUCCUGGAGAAGCUACCUCUAACUCUGCCUCUGACCAUAACAGCAAACCUGAUCAGCGACGAGGGCUACUGGAAGCGUUACUGUCAGAGCCGCUGGAGAGUGUGCGAUGUCUCCGAAUAUGGCAACAGCUGGAAGCACAUGUUCUUUGAACGCCAUCUAGAGAACAUUAUCGAACAUUUCGUCCCAGAUGUGACUGACAAUAAAUCAGUGCUGGAGCUUGUGCCACUGUGCAGAGAUUACGUCAAGCGGCUGAAGAUCUCUCAGCUCCUGCCCCCUGUUAAGGAGCCGCCAACAAUUGAGGAAAGCGAUGGCGCGGAUUCCGUCAGCGAUUUUUACACCGAUGGAUCGUCAAUGGAUCACUUUGACUUCCGAAUUCUGCUGGACAAACUGAGCAACCUGGACGAGCUGCAGUUGAUUUAUGGUGUAAAAAACUGCGGAAUGAACUUUGAGUGGCAUCUGUUUCAGUUUACCCUCCGUGACUGUCAAUCGUUGGCCGAGGCCGUGAAAUCCUGCAAAUCCUUGAAGGUUCUCCGGAUCCAUCGGAGCAAUAUGGAAGAUGAGAAGUGCCGCAUGCUGGUAAACCACCUGCUGGAUCAUCCAUCCCUGCUGGAGCUCGACCUCUCACACAAUCUCAUAGGGGAUCGAGGGGCGCGAGCUAUCGGCAAACUCCUCAACCGUAGCUGUCUAGAGACACUGAACAUUUAUGACAACCGGAUCAGUGGACGAGGAGCCCAAGCCUUAGCCCAUGCCCUCUCCAAAAACACCUCCCUAGUGUCACUCAACUUGAGACUGAACCAGCUAGGCGACGAAGGCGGCCAGGCUAUAGCUCAGGCCCUGCUAAAAAAUCAGACUCUGGUAAACCUUCAUUUAGGGGCCAAUGAGAUGACGGAGCCCACAGCCACAGCACUCUCACAGGUCUUAGUACAGAACACGACUCUGAGGAGCCUCAACCUGUCCUGCAACAAACUGGGAACAGAUGGAGGGAAAGUCCUGGGAGAAGGGAUGUCGCACAACAGCAGCCUGCUGGAGUGUGAUAUUCGCCUCACUGAAAUGAGCCUGGAGAGCGAGUACUGCAUCCGUGAGGUACUGUGCACCAAUCGGGACAAAGCCCGGCACAAACACGCACAGGACACAGCAGACACCAAAUAAACCCACUGUUUGAGAUGCAGCUCAUGUGUUAAAUAUCACACUGAGAAAAGGACAUUUUACUAGGAGCACUAUGUAUGUGUACUGAAUGUAUAAAGUUUUGUUACAAAAAAGUUUCAGUAAGUACAAAUUCGAUAAGUUUGACAUGAUCUGCAGUCCUGAAUAAUAAUAAUACAUGUCUAUUAAAUUCUAGCAUGCAGGUACUAGCAAUGAUCUCAUGCACUAUAGCUCGCAGUGAAGAUUUCUGUCAAACACAGUGGAGACGUGGUGAGUAAGAGUCUCAAAAUGUG